GUAAACAGAACCGUCUCCACGGCGACCUGCCUUUCCCAGCACGGGGUGCGCCGGGUGCUCUCUGCCCGCCGGUGCAGGGUGGGUGGCACUGGCCUUUCCUGGGGCCUGCAGCCUGGCAGGAGCCCUGUGGGUGGCCGAGUUGCCCCAGGCCUGGCAGAGCCGCCUCGGGGGGCUGAGGCACUGACGGCCUGACCUGAGGAGAUGCUGCUUCCAGCCACGGCGGAGCAAUGGGAAUCGCAGGACAGUAGCUCAGCGGCCUCAACAGAGACGGUCACCAGUCCCAGCACCAUGCAUCACCAGAGCUCCUUGCCGGAGAUGAGGGAGGAGACCCAGCUGACGAGCGCCCGCCGGCUCUGGGCCUUGCUCCAGGGGGGCAUCCGGGCCACUAUGGAGAAGAUGAAGAAGGAAGAGCUGAAGCCUGCCCAGCUGACCCACGGCCUCCAGCACCUUCGUCACCUCAGCUUCCUGCAGCCCGUGCGCCACGUUGCCUACAACAGCAGCGCCAGCCUCUUGGUGGUCCUGGACGCGGAGAGCCAGCUGCACCUGCACAAAGAGGAUGGCUGGCUCAGCCACAGCACGCAGGCCCCGGAGCCCAUCGUGGGCUUGCUGUACGCCACCCAGGUCAACAAGUAUGUGGCCUGGGACCAGAGCAGCCUGCAGGUGCUGGGCCCAGCCUUCGAGAUGCUCUCCAAGGUGCUGGCCCCGCAUGGCAUCCGUUGCUGCUGCUACAGCCCAGAGCUCAAUCAGGUGGUGACAGCUGGAGCGGGCAGCCUGUCCGUCUGGGUUUUCCGCUAUGGAUUCCGCCAGCUGCAGUGCCAGGCCACCGUGCAGCAGGGCCUGUCCCCUCGCGACACCUUCACCCAGCUGGCCCUGGACACCGGCGUCCCCCAGACAUGCUUUGCUGUCUGCGGCACCGGGGUUGCUGUCUUCAACAUCUCCCAGGGGGAGCUACUGACCUUCCAGAGGGACCUUCACAACAGGGCCAUCACUGACAUCACCUAUUGCGAGGCAGGGGCAUGCGUGGUGACGGCCUCCCGCGACACCACCAUCAAGGUCUGGGACAAGAAGUGGCUGAUCCAGACAAUCUUCGUGGGACACACUGGGCCUGUGACUGCUGUGACCAUCUACCCCCAGGGGCCCCUCAUUCUCUCUGCCUCCCAGGACGGCACCAUUCGCACCUGGAACCUGCAGACCAUUGACCAGGUGGACGAAGUGCAUGUGGCCGAGGUGGUGGAGCAGCUGCAGACGCACCGGGAGGGGGGGUACGUGGUCUCGCUGACCGGCUCCACCAUGGACCUUUGGAAGGUCAACCAGCUCUAUUCCCUGCACACCCGGCUGGGUGCCGCCGUGACGCGCCUCUGUACCGUUGACCUGAGUGCCGUGGGCAGCUUCCCAGUACGGGCUGUGUGCGUAUGCCAGGACUCCACCGUGCGGCUCGUGGCUGUGCACACUGGCCGCAUCCUCUCCACGCUGCUGCUGGACAGGCCCUGCCAGGCCGUGGAGGUGGCCUACUGUCUGCCCAAGGAGACCCUGUUCGUGCUGCUGGAGCUGGGCCAGCUCCUGAGGGUGAACACUGCCGUCAAUCCCAUGAGCAUCAAGAAGAUGGUGGUGCUCUGGAGUGAGUCGGCACGGCCCUGCUGCCUGCUCCUCUACAGCCACCUCGUGGACCCCGAGAAGGCCUACGCCCAGUGGCAGGAGAUCGUGGAGCAGAAAGGGGACAAGAAGGCCUGGGCACAGCUCCCGCUAAAGCUGCAGGACAAAAACAGGUACCUCCUAGUGCUGGGGCAGGAGGAUGGCUCGCUCUGCGUACUCCAGUGGUUCACCGGGCGUGUUCAGUACCAGGUGGAGGCUCACGGCUCGGAGCGGGUGACCGCGCUGGCUGCCUACCCCCUCGACACCUGGAUCAUCUCAGCUGGUGGCGAUCGCAUGGUGAAAGUCUGGCGCAUCUUCCCCUACAUUGACGAGUGCCUGACCUUGCUGCUGAGCUUCUCCUGCCAGCAUCCCGUGCUGCACUUGUGCCCGCUGGGCUCCACGCUGGGCGCCGCCAUCCAGGACCCCGAGAGUGCCACCUACAGCAUCGUCCAGUACGACCUGCUGGCCCAGAGCCGCCAGGAGCACGGCCCCGAGGAUGACCCGCUGGAUGAGAUCGUGGGCCUGUGCUGCUGUCCCACGCUGAAGAUCUUUGCGUCGGCCAGCAGGGAUGGGUCGGUGAAGGUCUGGAACGCCCAAAACCAGCUACUCAGGCACCUCAAGCUGAACACGAUCCCGGAGAGCCUGGCCUUUGGGAACGAGCGCGGGGACCUGCUGCUGGGCGUGGAGCAGCACCUGCACCGCAUACACCACAGCAAGUACCUGCCCAGGCCGUAUCUCACCAAGCUGCUGUGCAUGAGCCUCCCAGAGCCUGUGCAGGACUUGCCUUUCCCCCUGAGCGACGGCUCCCUGCGGCCCCUCGGCCAGGACGCCAGACAGCGGUUACUGCUGGAGCCUCCUUCCCUCGCUGUCAAGCUGUGCGUGCCGCUGCUCCGCUGGAAGCCCAAGAAGGAUCAGGACCUGUCUUGGGCACGCCAGGAGAAGGAGGAGGCCUGUGCCCAGAUGGCUGCGAGGGACCAGGAUCUGCUCCUCAUUCAGCAGGGGAAGCUCUCCGCUGCCAGGAAGCCCAAGCUGAACAAGAAGCUACGGGACGAGGCCUUUGAACGUUACAUGCAUCUCGUCUACAGGCAGCCACCGAAGAUCCAGGUGACGAUCCCCCACAACGAUUCCUUUGAUGCAGACUUGGUUCUGGAGGCCUGUCUCCUUGGCCCACUGGUACCGAACCUCUACGGCCCAGCUGCUUCUCACAUGUUCCUAGGGGCAUUCCCCGACGGUGCCGAGGAGAACGCAGAACGUCCGAUGCUCGAGGCUCCCGUGGCAGAUGGGGUUUGCCAAGAGGACGCCCUGGAGCCUCGCGCAGGCCGGGACUCACGUUUAGCACUUCCAACCCCCAGUGCUUCUAAAGGGCUGGAAGACUCCCUGCGCCACUCCUCGCUGGCAAGGAUCCGGAGUCAGAUAUCCCAGGCUCCCGUGGCAGAUGGGGUUUGCCGAGAGGAUGCCCUGGAGCCUCGUGCAGGCCGGGGCUCACGUUUAGCACUUCCAACCCCCAGUGCUUCUAAAGGGCUGGAAGACUCCCUGCGCAGCUCCUCGCUGGCAAGGAUCCAGAGUCAGAUAUCCCAGGUAAGGGUUUGGAUUGAUGCCGAGCAGACUCGGGAAAGGCAGCAGGUCCGCUGCUGGCUCUGAUCUCACCUCUGGGCUGGCUAGGGGCAGGGGAUCCAGUGAGCUGGCUGGGGGGCAGGGCGGGGUUCCUAAAUGAGUUAGAUAUGUUCAUGGAGGAUAGGUCCAUCAAUGGCAGUUAGCCCGGAUGGGCAGGGACACAACCCUCUGCUCUGGGUGUCCCUAAACCUCUGACUGCCAGAAGCUGGGAGGGGACGACGGGAUGGAUCACGUGAUAAUCGCCC